GAAAACAAUCUUACAAAUUUAUCAUGAUACUGCAGCAAAUGGUGCUCAUUUUGGAAGAGAUAAAACAAUACAUAAAAUUCAACAACGUUAUUUUUGGCCAUCAAUGUACAAAGAUAUUAAUAAUUAUAUUAAAUCAUGUAUUCUAUGUGCACAAUUUAAUCCUCGUCGACAAAAAAAUCCUGGUACUUUAAAACCUAUUAAACCUCCCGAUGGAGUAUGGCAAUUAGUAUCAAUAGAUUUUCAUGGACCUAUUACUCCAACAUCACAACGUGGAAAUAAAUAUAUCAUAUCUCUUACUGAUGUGUUAUCAAAAUUCGUCGUUACAAAAGCUGUACGUGAUAAUACAGCUCAAACAGUUGUUAGAUUUCUUAAAGAAGAUAUUAUUUCAAAGUUUGGUACUCCUAAAUGUAUUCUUACAGACAACGGAACACAUUUUACUUCAACAUUAAUGAAUGAAUGA